AUAAGUAGGCCGGGCGCUAAUCUCACAGAAUAUGCAAAGCUGCAGGCACCACAGAGGUAGGAAAAAGGGGCAGAGCGGUUUGAGCAGAGUCUUUAGCAAAAGCAGGUUAUUACAUUUACAGAAUAAAAACAUUCAUAGCGUACGGUACAGCUGCUUUGAUAGGACUGUCGAUCAGUCGAGUCUAACAUGGAUGAGUAACAGAUCAGGAGAAGCGGUGGAUUGUUCGUGAUCCUGUCCGGAAAAAAACACACUGCUGAAUCCAAAUAAAUGAGCACUUGAACGCACCGGUAUUGAUCGCAGCAUCUGCAACGAGGUUGGUAAAACUCAGAAGAAGGGAAUCGAGCAAAGAAAGUUUGUUUCCUGACGUCGGUUAUUCUCACCGGAGAAAAUCUACCUGAGUCCCCUGUUGGAGCAGCCAGAGCUGCUGUCAUUCUCAGUCCUGAAUUUAAACAAAAGUGUGCAGUGAAGCAAUGAAUCCUACUAGUGUGCCAAAAGGAUGUGGCUCCAGCAUCAGCUCCAUAUACUACAACCUGUGUGACAUGACCACAGUGUGGGGGGUUGUGGUGGAAGCCUUUGCCGCUGCCGGUGUGGUGACUUCCUUUGUCCUGUUUGUCAUUCUCAUGGGCUGCUUGCCGCUUGUGACAGACAAAAAGAGAAAGGGUAUGGUAGCCCUGCAGGCCAGCAUUUUAAUUUUCACACUGGGACUCUUUGGACUUACUUUUGCCUUUAUCGUGAGCCAGCACUCCACCAGCUGUACUGCACGAAGGUUCCUGUUUGGAGUACUCUUCUCAGGGUGUCUCGCCUGCCUGGUGAUGCAUGGGCUGUGGCUAGCCCUGCUGCAACGGAGAGGACGAGGGCCUAGGAGCUGGAUGCUAUGCCUGGGAGCACUGGGUCUCUGGCUGGUCGAGGUGAUCAUCAACACUGAAUGGCUUAUCAUCACUGUGGUCAUUAUCCCACCUGGAGUUGACGAUGCCCCUGACCUUUCCUGCAGUAUUGCCAACCAGGACUUUGUGAUGGCUCUCAUUUAUGUCAUGGUUCUGCUGCUAGCUGUAGUGCUGAUGGCAAUACCCUCACUAACACACAAACAUAAGCAGUGGCGCCGAGAUGGAGCGUUCAUCCUGGUCACAGGGCUUCUCACCAUCGCUAUCUGGGUAACUUGGAUUGUCAUGUACAUCCAUGGGAACCAAGUGAUUGGGAGUCCGAGCUGGGACGAUCCUACUCUGGCUGUAGCUGUGGUGUCAAAUGCCUGGGUGUUCCUCUUUCUCUACACAAUCCCAGAAAUCUGCUUGCUGACACAAGAGGACCCUGACCAGGAGCAGCCCCAUGAUGGAGACGUCUACCCUGCCAGGAGUCUGGUUUAUGACACCAUCAUUAAGGAGCCGGAGCCAACCCAGCAGAAUGUGUACAUGGAGAAUAAAGCCUUUUCCAUGGAUGAGCCUCCAACUGUAUCAACAAAGCCAGUGUCUCCAUAUGGAGCUUACAAUGGUCAAUUGCGAAGUUGUGUAUACCAGCCCACCGAAAUAGCCUUGAUUGCCAAAGGUCUGACAAAGAUGGACCAAGACACGAUAAUGCUUCGAACGACACCCCCAUCUUUGAAUCCAGGAAGUAGCAGCUCCCUGUCUCGCUCAGCUGAGUCCUUAGCACCCUAAGGACUGUCAGAGGUUGGCAGACUGAGUCAAGAGCACAUUGCACUGUCACCUACACACUCGGUUGUUACAGCAGUGAAAUAAAUCUCGACUGCCUGCGGAUUUGUUCUUAGAGUUUGUAGUAUCAGAUGUUUUAUAUCACAAUUUUUCUUCCUUAGAAGGAUGCUUAAAAUAGUAACAAUUGAAUCUACAGCAAUAUGUAGUAAUAUGACCUAGUUCCUCUCACAAACUACUUCUUAUACUACAUUUCUCUGAUACUCACACACGGUUGGAGCAAGUGUUACAUACACAAGAUUCUAAUAAUUGACAACAAUGGAGACGGAUGACUUCUGAUGGGGUUAUUCCAUCUCAAGGGGCCUUCUACAUGACUAUCUCCGAUUUAGCUGAAACAUUUUUAUAUGCAUACUUAAAAUGGUAUUUGUGAAAAUUUUUAGAUGAUUUAGAAAUAUUAAUUCACAAUCUGCAAUAUUGGACACGUAGAUCAAAUAGUCUCUGAUUAUGCGUGAAAUAAGAUGUGAAAAAAGGAAGUGUCAAGAAAAGCACACAUUAACCCACAAAAAAGUAUGUAAGGAAGUAUUUAUUCUAUCAAGCUAAAAUUGAACAACCACCUUUAUAAAUAUGCAUGUUUUAUUAUGCUACAAUCAGAGACAGUUGAGCAGGAUUUGUUCUAGCCAAAAUUGGCGAUUAUCAAAAAUUUGUGCCUCAGUGCCUUAUUUCUGUGCUUUAACAAAAACAAAAACAAAAAAAACUCAACUACUUCUAUAGUCUAUGUACCAGUUUUGCUCACUUGUGGCUUCACUAUUGGGCCCCAAACUAACAAUCAUCUAAAGGGUGAUAUGUUUGUAUCUCUAUGGGAACAAACCUGACUUACCUUCUAGCAAUGAGAAAGACCAGAAACUAUUGUUUUUGUUGUUUUGACUUUUUCAAAAUCUAAAACACAAAGUUAUGUAUUCAGUUCACAUGUGGCUUAAGGUAGAUAUUAAGAAACAGUAGACAAUAAUCCAAUGCAGAGAAUUUAGAGUAACAGACUAGUCACAGCUGUGUGCAGUGUAAAGUGAACAUAAUUUACCAGAAAUUGUGACAAUAUCUAUGAUUCUUUUCUUUACACUCAUAAAUCUGCUGCAUGUUAUUAAUCUGUUCAAAACUGCAUGCUUCUACAUGUAAAGCUACAUGCUCUGUUCACUUGUGAAAUUAUGUUGUGAUUCUCUGAAAGCCAUAUCAUUUUAUAGAGUUUUGGAUUUUUCAAAGUGUAAUUUUAUGUGAAAAUAUACAUUCUAAGUUAUUAAACCAAUAAAUGUUAUUUAAACUCUA